ACGCUUGGCUAUUGUUAUUAACAGAAUUUUGGCGCGAGCUGAGGGUACGCAAACUUGACUGGUACCAGGACUAGUUGCAAGUCACACGACAGAGCGAAGAGGAAGUGUGUGAUUCGCUUUCGCGAUCGCCGAGUUUUCUUUUUCCGGUGGAGUUGUAAUUCGUAUGGAAGACUGUAGCUUCGGCAGGAAUGUUUUAAAGUGGAAAAGUGCUCAAGCGCCAUUCACACGUGGUUUGAUCUCCAUUUGGAAGUAUGGAGUGUCCGAAGGAAGAGACGAUAGUCAAGCACACCUUGGGUUCGUCGCGGAGAAAAUGUACUUGCGAGAGUUUUGGAUUAAGCAUGUCGAAUCUUCUAUGCCUAUCAUUUUUGCUUAAUAUUGUUUUCGUUGUACUAUUCGUGGUUGUAUUUAUACAACUACAGACCUUACAAACCUUACAAACGCGAGUAGAGAAAAUUGAAUCGUCUAUGGUCGAACAACCAACAAAAUUUGCCCCUCUACGAGGCAAUUUGAGUCAAUCGGCGCUUCCUGCCGAACCAACGAAUGUUACAUCUCCGCCGACUCUUCUGAAGAGCAUGCCGUCAAUCCACAUUUCGCGGAGGAGUACUUCGCACACAGAUCCAACGAGGCCAGCAUUUACCGAAGCAAGGAGAAAGAAUUGCAAAGUGAACAAAUGUACUCGUGAGUACUUAAAGAAAAUGGCCAAACGCGAAGUGCAUCAAUUUUUCGGCACCGAAACUCGGGCAAGAACGACAUUUUGUACUGCGUGUAAACUGCCACAAGGUAUGAGAGGCCCACCAGGAGAGCAGGGUCCCCAAGGGGAUCCAGGACCUCCAGGACCUAAGGGUGCAGAGGGACCCCAGGGAGGUCAUGGAAUUCCAGGCGUCCCAGGCCUUGCAGGAGGUCCAGGCCCCAAAGGUCAGAAAGGAGAACCAGGUCCAACAGGUGUUGGUGUUCCUGGGGAUAAGGGAGACAAAGGAGACACAGGAGACCAAGGGCCAGCAGGAAAAAGAGGGCCAACAGGUAAAAGGGGUGAACGUGGACCUCCAGGAGAGAAAGGGGACCCUGGUCCAAGGGGAGAAAAAGGCAGCACAGGCUCAUUAGAGUCAUCGCAGAGGCCAUCAGCACACUUGACAGGCUACACGAGACACACCCAGAAUUCUCCAAGAGCAGGAAUUAUAAGAAACUGGGAAGACGAUCAAGGUCAUGCGCACAAAAUAGGUGGAAUGCAAUACCAAGAUGGAGAACUGGUGAUCUCUAUGUCUGGAAGAUACUAUGUGUACAGCCAAUUGUACUUUCAAGUAGAAGAUGACAGACCACACCUGAUUCAUUAUGUACAUUUAAAUAGAACUGGCAACGCAGAGGUCAUUAUGCGUAGUGUGACAUCACGGUGUCGCGCCAAAAAGUCAAAAGUUUACCUGUACAGCAGCUAUCAAGGUGGAGUGUUUGAGUUGCAAAAUGGCGACCACAUCAUGGUUGGAGUGUCAGAAGAUAACACCCAGGCGAUAGCAAAGUAUGAGUCAGCAAGUUAUUUUGGAGCCUUCCUGAUAUGAAAAUUGGUAUGGAAAAAAAUUGAUUAUUAAUAGAUACUUGUUGUAUUAAUCUUACUUGUAAUUAUGCACUUGCCACACUCACUGCAAGGCUUAUGAGUUUCUCUCUGAAGUAAUACAUGUAUUUUAUCAUGCCCUCGAUUCUUCUUGUUAGAGUUGUCCAAGAUUAGAAUUAAUAAAAAUAACCAUCUGUAGUCCUACAGCUGUUUGGCGUUCUAGCAUCAAAGAUCAGCGGUUCACUUUUUUUUUUGCUUGUGGCAAAUGACACACUACAAAAGGAAGGUACCAGGUAAAACACUGUUCUGUUAUUUUUCAGAACUGAAUCUUUAACUUUCGUGAUUGACACUUGGGGAAGAAUUGACCAAGGUCAGGUAGAUAGACAUAUAAUAGGCUUUGUUGUGCUGCACUUUCACUUGCACCGUGCACUGUAAUACUAACCAAGAAGCACAUGACCAACCAUUUUGGGUUGCAAGUAAAACCGUAAGAUAUCCAAACUGGAAGGAAUAACCUUGGGUUAACUGGUAACAGUUGUUAUGUAUAUUUUAAAUGCGAUCCACUGCAUCAGUAAAGUUUCAGUAGCUCUGU